GACAGAAUGGGUUUGCCCUGCUUACCACGUUCUCCGACAUCGUCAGUAAACCCUCCAUAGCAUCUCCAUUUAGCUACUUAAUGCAAGGCAUGGAGGCUAGUCAAGGAGUCCAAUCCGAAGAUCGCACAACAAUCCUGGAAGAGCAAAUUCGUACCUUACAAACCGAAAAUUCCACACUAAAGUCAAAAUCCAGAGAAUUAGAGAAAAAACUCGAACAAAAUAAUGGCCGGCCACUCACCCCUAAGCUAGGAAACUCGGAGUCGCUAAAGAAUUUCCGCGAGGAUGAACAGAUCCAAGAACUGAAGUCUCAACUCAAAAGCAAACAAGAUGAGUUAAAUAGGGUGCAAGAAUCCCUCAAAAUUCGAACAAGUAUGGCCCUUAUCCUUUAACAACCCCAC